GCCGCUCAGCAUGCCGACGCUCGUGCGCACGGAGCCGCAGCGCGACCAGGGCUCCGACAGCAACGACAGGGACGUCGACGACGUCGAUAGCGACGACGAACUUCCGUCCUUGGAGCCCGUCAUCCUGCCGGGUAGUUUUCCUAGCGAGGCGGGCGCCGGCUGCUGCAAGUCGGAGCGCGGCAGAUCGGAUGCGGCUCACGUUCCGUACGAGACGAAGCGGCUGAUGGUAAAUAAGGCCCUCGGCGAGACGCUACUGCACAGGGCCGCCCGACAAGGUUACGAGGACGUCGCCAUGUACUGUCUGGAGAGCAAGGCGAUUGAUCCCAACGUUCGCGACAACGCCGGCUACACGCCGCUGCACGAGGCCUGCAUGCGCGGAAACCUGCUCAUCGCUCGCUGCCUGCUCAUGCACGGCGCCGACCCCAACUGCAGCUCACUCGACGGCACCAG